UGUGACGUUGAAGUCACCUUGUCCUAUCAGGAAACAGAAGAGCUAUAAAUCACCCUCCAGGGAAGAAGUCUGGUCACUGCCACAACUACCUGAAGAAAGAAAGAAGAAAUUCCUGAUCUUCUUGGAAGUAAAAGAGAUGAUUCUGCCAGUGGUGUUCCUGUGUCUCACAGCUGUACUGCCUCCAUCCACUGCACAGGGACCUGAAGGUGUCGAUGUUCUGUCAACCAGCAGAGCAGAUCAGCAAAAGCUGAUUGUUGACAGACAUAAUGCCCUCAGGAAAGGAGUAAAACCAACUGCCAGCAACAUGAUGAAGAUGGAAUGGUGUCCUCUGGCUGCAGAGAAUGCCCAAAAAUGGGCCAAUCAAUGCACUUUAAGUCACAGUCCUCCUAAUCUGAGGAGAACAGAUGUAUUAUGUGGUGAAAAUCUCUUCAUGUCAACCUCCCCAUUCUCAUGGUCAGAUGUUCUUCAGACUUGGUAUGAUGAGGAGAAAAAUUUCAAAUAUGGAACUGGAGCAAAAACAAAAGGUGCUGUGAUUGGCCAUUACACUCAGAUGGUUUGGCACAAUUCCUAUAAAAUUGGAUGUGGUCUCGCUUUCUGUAACAACAGCAGAUUUGAAUACUUUUAUGUCUGCCAGUACUGCCCCAUGGGGAAUCUACUAAGUUCCAUGAAGACACCCUACAAGGAAGGAGUGCCCUGUGGGGAUUGUCCUAAUGCUUGUGAGGAUGGAUUGUGCACCAAUCCUUGCAAGCAUCAAGACCUCCUUGGAAACUGCAAGAACCUGAAAACUUUGUUUGGCUGUGGCCACUCGCUGGUGAAGCAGAAGUGUCCUGCAACCUGCAAAUGCACCACUCAAAUCAUAUAA